UGGUAGUGUUGCGGUGCCUGUCAGCGACCUGUCUGACAGCCGCGCGCCUACCGUUGGAGGAGGAGGAAGGCACGCGGGGACUAUCUAAAACCAGACAACUCGUCUACUGUCUGAAACUACAGUGAUUCCUCUUGUUUGGUCUGCUGUCUAAAUGAGAGCGUCAGGGUUACACAGGAGCGUUCGGCUGAGUAAACAAGAUGCAGAUUACCCUGGCUGCACAGGAAAGGCGUCUCUGACCAGGUUCACCGCAAAGCUCUAGAAAUGCACAAGGCAGGAGGGAACAUCCAACCAUAGGCCUCCAUUCUGAGUCUCAUCUGGUUGCUGCUCAUCGUUCACACCCUUAUCUAAGCUGUCAAGGAGAAGGAUUCCCCCAACUUGGCCAAACGCCGCAGAGAAGAGACAGUACUGGAAAAGGAGGGCGAGAGAGAGAGAGGGAGGGAGAGGGAAGGAAGGAGUGGUGAAAUGAAACGCGAGGGAGAGUGAGCCUGCGUAACCCAGAACACUGAGUGACUCCCCGUAACCAAGGACGGAGGUAGCAACGCAUCGCAAACGCCACUCUCGCACGCCCACGGAGCCGUCUGAAGAAAGAGGGAGGCAGCCACUCUACUCACAGGGACUGAGCCGUGCCCCCGCAGGCUGAGCCGAGCGCCCACGUUUGGUGAGGGCUGUCUGGGCAGAGAGGACGACCGUCUGGCCUUGACCGACCGCCUCCAGGGUGGACAGCGCCAAACGUUAGACCGGCGAACGGGAGGUCUGUCGACCGUACGGAGGGACUUACCUCGUAUCUCAGGGGCUUAAUUGCUUCUACCUCCGGUCGGAGGUCCAUAUUUGCAUGUGUUUGGUCGAGGAGGAAGCUGGAGGCUUGUAAAGGGGCUUCUCUUUGCUCCGAGGUGGAGUGGGGGGGGGGGGGGGGGUGUCGCGUGCUGUGUGAGCUGAACUAACAACCACCAUGGGUAAAUCCAACAGCAAGCUCAAACCAGAGGUGGUGGAGGAGCUGACCAGGAAGACCUACUUUACAGAGAAAGAAGUGCAACAGUGGUACAAGGGCUUCAUCAAGGACUGUCCUAGUGGUCAGCUCGAUGCUGUGGGCUUCCAGAAGAUCUACAAGCAGUUCUUCCCUUUUGGAGACCCCACCAAGUUCGCUUUGUUUGUCUUCAACGUGUUUGAUGAGAACAAGGACGGACGCAUCGAGUUCUCCGAGUUCAUCCAGGCCCUGUCGGUCACCUCGAGGGGAACGCUGGACGAGAAGCUGAGAUGGGCGUUUAAACUGUAUGACCUGGACAACGAUGGCUUCAUCACAAGAGAUGAGAUGUUGAACAUUGUAGACGCCAUUUAUCAGAUGGUGGGAAACACGGUCGAGCUUCCAGAAGAGGAGAACACACCUGAGAAGAGAGUUGAUCGCAUUUUUGCCAUGAUGGACAAGAAUGCUGAUGGGAAGCUGACUCUGCAGGAGUUCCAGGAGGGAUCCAAGGCAGACCCCUCCAUCGUACAAGCUCUGUCUCUCUACGACGGCCUGGUGUAGACCUGGAAGAUGGUCCAGUCUGGCACCAGCAGACUUGUAGCUGUGGAGGAUGCCCCCCCCCCCCCCCCCCCUGCCCCUCCCCAGCCUCUGGUAGCAGACGGGCUCUGGGCUCGGGGUGGGGGGAGGGGGGGAGACAGACAGACAUUGGCUUGCAUGAGAUUCCAUGUCGUCAGCUGCACAUCUUCAUCUCCACCAUAGUAAAACAACACUGACCCCUGUGACGUCACAGAAGAGGAGGAGCUAUGAGGAGAGCCCCGCCCCCCCACAGCGUGGUCUGUGGUCCUCUCAGAAGACUGUGGCAGCAGAGGAAGCGUCCACGGUCACGCUGUGGAGUGGAGCCUAUCAGAGAGAAAGUUCCGGAAAGUAUUUUUCCUGGUAGUCCCACCUGUUGUGUGUGUGUACCCCUGAACUAAGUCCCUGUGGCAUCUCCAGCCGUCUGAGCACCACACCUGGACACGUCUUCAGGACCUGGGGAUGUGUUUGGAGAGAAUGGAGGCCAAUUAGAUGUAUUCCCAUGUCAACACAGAUUACAUGCCAACGCAAAUAUUGCUUGUCAUAUUUUAUUAUCUUUACGUUAUUGGUUGGAGUGUUGUCAAUCAAAGAUAUAUUUUUUUUUAAUGAACGCUUGUUUUUUGGGUGUGUUUUAAUUUAAAGAAAAUUAUGAACAGCUUUUUUUAUAUUUGUGGUGUGUGUUUUUUCGUGUUUCCUCAUCCAACGGCCCCCAUGUAGCCCCGCUAGUACCCCUUCCCCUGAACAGCAUGCCAUGCUACACGGCUCAAUCCCUCACAGCUGACACAACCCAAACUAGCAUCGUCAGUUCCAGCGACAGUUAGUACUCCCUGUGUGGACAACCAGCCUCGGUUGGCCGUGGAGACACAGACAGGCAGAUUGUCGUUGUGAAGCUUUUGCAGGCUGUGUGUUUAGGAGAAUUGUUCUGUUGAGGCGGAAUCCAGCAUGUUAAAAACAUUUUUUUUUGGUCAGUUAUAUCGUUUCCUACUAGUCGGUGUUUAACUAGCUCUCUGAUUCAGCCUUAUGCAAGUGAGGUCACUGUAAUGUAAUUUCCUCUUUGUAGUGUUAGAGCACAAUAAAUAAAAAAACAUUUAAC